CAAAUAGUAAUAUUUAACAAUGAAGGGUAAUGUGCCAUGGGUCGAGAAAUACCGGCCGGCAAGUCUGGAUGACAUUGUAUUCCACACCAAUGCAAUGACUACCAUGCGCCAUAUCGUCGAAUCGUACGAUAUGCCGCAUAUGAUAUUUCACGGACCUCCUGGAACCGGGAAGACAUCAGCCGCAUUGGCAAUCGCUCGUCAAAUAUACGGCCCCGAGGGGAUGAAGGAACGUGUAUUGGAGCUUAACGCAUCGGAUGAGCGUGGAAUAAACGUUGUACGUGAGAGAAUCAAGACAUAUACAAGACUGAAUAUAUCUAGUAACAGGGUAAACACACAAACGGGGAGAGUAAUGCCCAAUUUCAAGAUGAUUAUCCUAGACGAAGCUGAUAUGAUCACCCCGGAUGCCCAAGCUGCACUCCGCCGUAUUAUUGAAAACUUCUCCAACAUAUCGCGGUUCAUACUGAUUUGUAACUACGUACACAAGAUCAUUGGGCCCAUAUACAGCAGAUGCUCGGCAUUCCAUUUCAAACCCAUAUCCCAGGAUGCACAGAUAGAGAGGCUGCGGUACAUAUGCACAGCAGAGAGCCUGGAGUACGAGGAUCACGCGCUUGAUUUUCUAACACAAGUGUCUCAGGGCGAUAUGCGCCGCAGCGUGACCAUCUUACAGUCAACUGCAAGCCUGUUCAACAAGGUAACCGAAGAGGCAGUGCGCAACGUCUCGGGGUACCCACCGAAAGAAAUAGUUAAUGAGAUAUUCGCCACAUGCAAGGGUACUACCCAGGAUGUAGAGGAACUGUGUAAAAAAAUCAUAUACGACGGUUGGGAGGUCGCAACGCUGUUCCAACAGAUAUCGGAAUACGUCGUGAAUUCGGCAAGUCUUACAGAUGUGCAAAAGGCGACGAUCACAAUAGAGCUAUCGGGCAGAGAACUGGCCCUUAUACAAGGUUCGUGAU